AUGGACAACUCGCGCCUCGCAAAACUACCGGCUGAACUACGCAAUCGCAUAUUCAAACUCGUCUUCACAUGCGCCAAGCCUGUGAACAUCAUCGUCGACACUUCUUACCCAGGCUCGUUCAAGCAAGAUGCAUCCACCUCACAGACGCUACCUAUCGCCCUGACACAAACAUGCCGGACCCUCCGACAAGAGACGACGAAGAUGUUCUACGCCAAUGUGUCUUCCGCUUUCUCUGUGCCACCAGGCGCUCAAGGCGUUCACAUGUGGCCGGAUAUUACAGCACAAGCUUUCCUCCUCCACCUGGAUACCACCCAAGCUGCUGCCGUACGGACGAUCAUGCUCGGCUCAGCACCAAGUCUCACCAUGGUAUGCGCCAUGCAACUCCAGGCAUUGGAGGUGACAACGAAGCAGGCACUCGCGGCUCAGCUGCAACAUGGACGUACGGUUGCAAGACAUUUUCAGGUGGAGUCGCCAUUCUGCAAGGUUUGCAUGGAGCUCUUGUUCCGAGACAAAGUUGAGGGCGAUGCCACCUUGCGGUUCUGGUUCAAAGGAGAUGAGAUUCUUUGGGACAAAAGCCUCGACGGUGUUGAGGAGAUGAUUGCACUGGCUGAGGAGCAAGGACAGGCAGGCACGGUUGGUCUCUAUCGAUGGUUGCUGGGUCUGACAAGGGAGGUGAGGGAUGAGAAGCGUUCAUGA